CGACGGAAAUAGCAUGCCAGUUGGCCGACAAUCGGAAUUUACUAAAGUAGACACGUCCUUACUUAUUGUCGUGUAAGAUCAAGUUACUUAAAGUAUGACUGUAAUAUCCGUAUAGAAUAAUUAAAUUAUUUAGGAAAUUCGCUAUUUUAUUUAUUGAUGGCAAACCCUUCGAUGUUCGCGUCGCUUUUAGCCCAGUCAUUUUGGCUCAAAAACUCGGCAAGCUGCAGCUACACGCCAGGAUCCGAAAUGGCGCCCAUUCCCCCCGUUCCGACUGUGUAUCGAGUUCAGUUUCCACUCCAGAAGGGGGAGGGUUGACGACGAGACAAGUGUGGGUGAAGGAGGGGGGUGGGAAAGGAAGCGAGUGCAGGCCCAGCUUCUCGUUUUUCGUGGUUUUCAUGCCCAGAUUUCCAUCGUCUAGACGAUAACGUUAGCGAAACUAGCGCGGCGGCCUCGGCCGAAUACUUCCCGGAGACGAACCACGUCGGAUUUCGAACCGCCAAGUUACCGUUUCAGCGGCUAGCGGACGGACGUUUAAUUUUAAGGACAGCUCUUUUUAGGAGCCAGCUACAGGAAUUUUCAUUGCAUCUGAUUUUAAAAGCGGACUUCGUUGGUUUGCUUGCAGGUCGUUCCGUCCGAAUCUUUCAUGCAAGAUCGGUCAACUUAUUAAAGGUUUGAUUCGCGCAGAAGUAUAAUUUUUGGCUCUGUUAAGCGGCGUAACCCGAAUAACAAACCUGUUUGCCAUGGGCUCCGACAUGAGAUCCAGUAGCUGAUACAACACGCAGACCGCAAAACUUGAAAGCGCUGUUUCGGUACGUGUCGAUACCCGGGUGCUCAUACUCGCUCGGCUCCUGUAUUUCGGAUCACCCGCGUUUUCCACGCUGCGAGCCCCGGGUUGAUAUUUUCGGCCGAGCUGAACGCUCCCAGGGCCGGGCCUGAGUCCACGGUCUCGAGUUUUAGCCCCGACCGGAGGCUCGGUGCGUCUCGCGGCGCCUCGAUUCCUUUCAGCCUCGGCUCGCCAUGGGCGACAGCAGAGAUUCUCGCAGCCCGGAUAGCUCCUCUGUCUCUUCUCCCCCGUCGGCUCAGCGCUCGCCGCCCCUGGCACCCAUGACUUCACUGCCGCCCAUCACCUCGGCUGUCAACAGUCCCAUCAGCAGCAUGGGCUCGCCCUUCUCCGUCAUCAGCUCCUCGCUGGGCUCGCCCUGCAUCCCCGGCACACCCUCGGUGGGUUACGGCCCCAUCAGCAGCCCUCAGAUAAACUCCACGGUGUCCAUGUCGGGGCUGCACGCGGUCAGCAGCUCGGACGACGUCAAACCACCGUUCGGCCUGAAGCCCAUGUCGUCCCACAGCCCUGGGCCCGUGCUGUCCCAGAAGCGCCUGUGUGCCAUUUGUGGGGACCGCUCCUCUGGGAAGCACUACGGUGUCUAUAGCUGUGAGGGCUGUAAGGGCUUCUUCAAGCGCACCGUGCGCAAGGACCUGAGCUACACCUGCCGGGACAACAAGGACUGUCUGGUGGACAAGCGGCAACGUAACCGAUGCCAGUACUGCCGCUACCAGAAGUGCCUGGCCAUGGGCAUGAAGAGGGAGGUGGUCCAAGAUGAACGACAGCGAUCUGUGCAGGAGGAGCGGCAAAGAAACAAGGAGAGGGACGGUGAGGUGGAGUCGACCAGUGCUGUCAACGAGGAGAUGCCGGUGGAGAAGAUCCUGGAGGCUGAGAUGGCGGUGGAGCAGAAGACUGAGAUGCACGCGGAUGGGAGCUCAGGGGGGAGCUCGCCCAACGACCCCGUCACCAACAUCUGCCAGGCCGCCGACAAGCAGCUCUUCACCCUGGUGGAGUGGGCCAAACGCAUUCCACACUUCUCUGAACUCUCGCUGGACGACCAGGUCAUCCUUCUGCGUGCCGGCUGGAACGAGCUCCUGAUCGCCUCCUUCUCGCACCGCUCCAUCACGGUGAAGGAUGGCAUCCUGCUGGCCACGGGGCUGCACGUGCACCGCAACAGCGCCCACAGCGCUGGCGUGGGUGCCAUCUUCGACAGGGAGAGUGCGCACAAUGCAGAGGUUGGGGCCAUAUUUGACAGGGUCCUCACAGAGCUGGUCAGCAAGAUGAGAGACAUGCAGAUGGACAAGACUGAGUUAGGCUGUCUACGCGCCAUCAUCCUCUUCAACCCAGAUGCCAAAGGCUUGUCAAACCCCAAUGAAGUAGAGCUGCUGCGGGAGAAGGUGUAUGCGUCGCUGGAGGCUUACUGCAAGCAGAGAUACCCCGACCAGCAGGGCAGGUUUGCGAAGCUCCUCCUCCGGCUGCCGGCGCUCCGCUCCAUCGGCCUGAAGUGCCUGGAGCACCUGUUCUUCUUCAAGCUGAUCGGCGAUACCCCCAUCGACACCUUCCUCAUGGAGAUGCUCGAGGCUCCCCACCAGCUGACAUAGUGUCCGGGUGGCGUGGGAGGGAGUCCCGCUCUGCGCUCUCUCCGCUCGGCCUCCCGUGGGCCCGGUCCCGGGGCUGCUUGGUCUCGGCUGGAUUCUGGUUCCCCUUUCUGCACCGUCUCCCUGAGUGGCACAGGCAGGCACGAAAGACCUUGUGCGGUCAGAAAUACUGUUUUCUAUUUCCCGUACUAUUUAUAUGAAGCUAAUCGCCACCUUGUAUCGUUCAGUUUUUAAAGCUAAGUGUGUGUGUGCGUGCGUUGCACGCGUGUGUGUUAAAGUGGCUUUAAAUUUCUAAACUCCGACUGCCAGAUCCGUGUGAAUCAGGGAGCGAUCUCGUCACUUCGAGUGGUGCAAGCGGUGUCCCGACCCAUUCAAACAGGCCCUCAGUUCAUACCCAGGCUAGAUCCGUACGUCAUACAUGUUAGUGUACCAUUCUAGACCCACCAGGCUAUUGAGUGAUUCAUAACCACCUGAUGCUGUAUGCUUUUAACUCAUAGUACCCGGUUUGCAUCUUAUUUCGUUAGUGUGCUUUCAUAGGAUAUCUUCCGGAAUUGACACUGAAUCUUGCAUGACGUAUGCAGUUGGUGCUUGAGAUGAACUUGAAGUACUGUUCUCAUGUAAUGAGUAUAUUUGCAAAUUGAAGUCCAUUUUCGGCUGGCUUUUGCAAAUGCCUCUUAGAUUCCUAGUUAUUAUGCAAAUCUUGGUUGUUUUCAAGGUCAGGUAUAUGGAAUAUGCUUUUUUUUUUUUUCCCCCGUAAGGCUUUUGCUCAUAGCCCGUUCUACCCUGUAGCCUGCAUCUGUUGUCUGCCAUUUUCCCAAGCUUUAGCGAUUAGCUGUGUCCCGUGUUUGCUUCAGCCCCACACCAUGCUACUCAGCCGACGCUAAAUCGUUUUGCUUUGCGCCAAGAACAGACCAAAGUGUUCUCUGGAUGGGAAAUUGCACUAUGAGACACAAACACCCCAUAUGGGUCCUUCGAGAGGCAGGAGCACACUGACCUGCUCGAUGUCCGGCUUCCAAUGGGCCUUUUGGCCUGAAAGUCCUCUAGAACUGAGAAAGAGGGGUCCUUGCGUUUUGAUCUCCAAAGAGGAAUCCGGCACAGUUCAGUAUGUGUGUGCUAUUAGCUAACUGGAUUUGCAGCAGAGACUGUGUGUAUCUUUACACUUGACAGAGACACUGUUUUGUAGGGGGUGCUGUAGGCACAGGCAGAAACAUGAAUGACUGAGGGGAACGGAGGGUGAAUAAGGUGUGCCAUUACCUGAUCACCUGGCAGGGGAAAUCAGUUUUUAUUGCUGCAUCCUUACUGACUGUCUCAUUGUCUCAGUGGCUUGUCUGCCACGUGCACUAUUAUCCUGCGCACCAGGGGGCGCCCUCGGGUGUCAGCCGGGUUAAUCUUGCGGGUUGUCAUAAGCUCUUGCUGAGCUGCCUGGCCUUGGGGAUGGUCUUUCUAUCUCUCACAUUAUUGGUUGAGUUAAGGGGCAGAGGUCACGCAGCUGUUAAAGGUCAAAUCUUAUUGUCUGCAAACUGCAGCAAAGUUUCACGGUCAGAGAUGAUUGAGAACUUUUUUUUACUAUUAAUGUUUUCCAAGGUUUAUUAAACACCAAAAUGGUGUGGAAGCUACCAAGUAAUAAGGAUGCACUGUGACACAAAGCCGUUUGAUUUGGCAGAAUCCAGCGUAAAAAUGGGGAAAUAAUUUCUUCUAUACAGCUUUGCUGAGCUGUGGUGAAAACCAGCCAUGGAGGAGAGUGUAUGUGCUUAGUUACAGAUAUUAAGCUGACAUUUGGAGGGUAUUCGUGACACAGCGUGCACGGAGCCCACUUACCAGACAUUGAACAGUGGUCCAGUUUUUUUUCUGUACAUUGGUGCUACGUAACGUAAAAGUCUGCCUGGAAAGUGCUCCGUGCGUCGCCUGAGCACGUAUGCAUGCAUGUAGGCCCACACACGUAUGCACGCUUGCACAGGUUCAGCACUGGUGAUCCCAGAUGCAGCUAACGUGCAUGAACGUGAUUUUACUUACACACACAAACACACACACCUGCGCGCACAAUGACAAUUAUGCAAGCGCACAGAGAGCCCUCAGUGACCCAGAGGUUUGUAAAUUUAGCUUAACUGUCUCUCUGUUUCUUGGACCAUCGUUAGAGACUUAAAUGUCUGUGUUAACAGUUAACACUCCGAUAUGUAAUUUAUACAUAGAAUUUAGCAGGUACUGUGCAGUCCUUACAGGGUAAUCUGGAGAAUCAAACGUACCGCCUAUUAGGUACAAAAGCUAGACAAAUGGGGGGGGGGGACGAGCCCUCUGCUGCCCGUCUGUCUGUAAAUGGAUCAUGAUCACGGCUCCCUUAAGUGUGUGUGUGAAGUUGUAAAUACACAGUGACUACAGGAGCCGCUUUGCACUAGUUGACGUGGGAACCGGCGGAUGUGGUCAGCCGCAAGGAGCUGGGAGGUCUGGCGGAAAGAGUCCCCCCCCACCCCACCCCCAGCUAAUGUGAAAAUGAAUCUGCAAUCGAUUGGGGUGCUCUAACAUCCUUAGGUAUUUGUGCCAUCCACUCUAACCUUGUUCAAAGUAGGCCAGGCAGAUCCCACUCAAUCUUUAUGUAUUUGUACAACCGGAAUCCUAAUGGACAGAGAUGUUAAAACAUCUAUGUGCUGAUGGGCAGUUGCGCUCCUUUCGUGCUGGCAGACUAACUGAUGGUUUAUAAGGUCGCUGACUGUGUGUGUUAUAAGGUCGCUGACUGUGUGUUAGGGUGUGUGCGACACGAGCGUGCGUGUAUGAGUGUGCUUAGGGGGUGGAUUAUCGGCCAGAAGCGUGUAGGAAAAAGUAGUGAUGAGAUUAACAGUUUAGUUUGGCUGUCUAACCGGUUUAAUGUCCUAUGAGCCUGUAGCUACCUUUCCUGAACUCAAAGACUCUGAGUCAGUGACUAUGUUUUACGAUUACUUGAUGAUUAUUUUUUUUUUUUGAGCCAAAUUGCUGAUGACAGAUGCUUAUAUGUCAGAUGUCCUUUUUCAUGGUAGUAAGGUGGCUUUAUGCUCACCUUUGGUGUCGCCUUCCAUGAUGGGCCGGGCACAGCUGUACACGGUCUCGGGUUUUUAAUUUUUUUUUUUUUUUAAACCAUUUCGGGUAACUUCCAUGUGCAUGUAAUUCUCCCACCACCAACCUUCCUUAAAAUGCAGCUGUGGUGGAGGGCUGCAUAAUGCGCAGGGAUGCAGUAAUGCAGAAUGCGCCGAUGUGUGUGCUGCGGUGGUGCCCUGGCGCUUAGUUACCCUCGAUUCACUAUGCUCAGGCUGCAUUGUACGAGUGCAGGUGCCCGUGUGUUUAGCUUCUGCCGUGGACUGCUGCAUUAUCCUUUUUUUUCUUUCUUUUCAGUCUUCAAGAUUUUUUAAUGCAUGUUGGCUUUCCGAGACCAGUCAGCUUGCUUAAAAAUGAAAGCUAAGGGUAUGGAAAAUAAAGCAAACUUGAGUGUAAUGACCAUUUUCGAAGGUGUCCAUCUGAUUCCCAACACAACUGCCAUUCUUUUGAUGAUUUUUUAUUUUUUUUCCUUCCCCUCUCUACUGACUGCUCUAGUCCAUCUUUAUUCAGGAGUAUUACGCAAAUGCAAAACAGUUAUAUCAAAUGGAAUCUUAAUUUCUCUCUAUUUUUGUCUUCUAUGUAUUUUGACUCCAACAUAACUUGGAAAUGAUUGACUUUGUGUUAAGAAAAAAAUGAAUGAAUGUAAUGGUUUUUGGUCAUUAAUUCUGCAACUUUCUGUUUGAUGUAUCAUGUCAAAGUAAAGGUUUUAAUACAUGACCA